GAAAUUUUGUGUUUGACAUUUCUCCGGUUGCUGCAUGCGAUGUUUCACGCACCGCACUUCGUGUUGCUUUUCACGAAAGAAUCAAGGAAAGUUAUCUCGGUUUGAUAUCGUGGAAUAAUUCUAGGAUUUUAGCAUUUUUUUACAGUAAAGAAUGGUCAGCGAAAUCCCCGAAAAGCUGCAAAUUGGCCCCAAGGUUGGCGCAAGCUAUCCGCUCUCGGUUCAGUACUGCGGCAACUGCUCGAUGCCCCUGGAAUACUGCGAAUACUAUCCGGAGUACGAGAAGUGCAAGCAAUGGCUGGAGAAGAACCUUCCGGUGGAGUUCGAACGGUUGAAAACUGGUGCGACGGCAACGGGAACGACAGCAGGAGCCACCGGAUCCGGCGAAGGAGGAGCAGCCGGUGGAACUGAACCAGAAGGAGCAGCGGCCGGAGAGGAAGACAAAAAGCGACAGAAACGGGGUGGCAAGGGCAUGAUGAAGACGAAAAAGGUCAAGGAUGACGGACCGAAGAAGAUUUGCGUAUCCCGGUCGGCCCGCGGCAAGAAGAAGUCCGUCACGGUGGUCACCGGAAUGGCCACGUUCGAUGUCGACCUCAAGGUGGCUGCGAAAUUCUUCGGAACCAAAUUCGCCUGCGGCUCGUCCGUAACCGGAGACGACGAGAUUGUGAUCCAGGGUGACGUCAAGGAUGACUUGUUCGAUGUGAUUCCAGAAAAGUGGCCGGAAAUCGACGAGGACUUUAUCGAAGAUCUGGGCGAUCAGAAGCGAUAGGUCAUCGGAAUAAAUGGAAAUGGCAGGGAUUCCUCUUUCUUCGCGUGUAACCAGUAAGUGUAAUAAACUCUUUUAAACAUU